AUGUCGUCAACAGUGAGCUCGAUGAAGACGACGCUGCAGGAUGCUUUGGACGAUGUGACCUCAACACGUUCAUCAUUUGGAAGACGAAAUAGAGCUCUGGCUGUUCUUGAGCACCAGCUUGCGCUUGCGUGCGUGCAGUCCUCCAAUGAUGAUACAUUAGAAACGUAUUUGGACCUUCAAGAUGCUUUUGAAUCCAAUGUUCCAUCGCGGAUCUUGGCUUGGAUACAAUGUACGACACCUCAACUAGAACUGUGCGCAAGCAAGAGCUCCACCAAAGAGCGUGAUACUGAAAUGAAUACCUCGUGCUCCCAGUUAUGUCAAGGCUUGUCAAUAAUCCAAGGAGUCUCUCUUCACCACAAAUCAAGCAAGUCUUUUCUGGGUCGUCGGUUUUCUCUUGAGAUUUUGAUCGGGUUAUUGCUUACUUCUCGACACACGCCAACCAUUGAUGCCUCUUCGAGGGAAAACAAUUCCCAACCACCAGAAAAACCUGCGCCCUUCAUGCAUUUGACAUCUGCUGUCUUGGAUACUUUGUUGUGCAUUCUGGUUGAUUCCUCUCCAGCGCUACGCGCUUUCGAGGAAGUGAAUGGGGUUCAAGCAGUGGUAAAGAUACUCAAACGAGCAGGAACACCACGCGAAGUCAGAAUGAAAUGCCUCGAGUUUCUCUACUUCUAUCUGAUGGAUGAGACUCCCACCCACAUACAGCCUGAUGAAGCACACUCACUACCUUCCUCCCCCGUUGCCACCCAACCUAGCACACCUCUUCUACUUCCUGAAUCCAAAAUAUUUGCUCGUCCUGCAUCUAGCGCCUCGAAUAUCUCAUUUGCGUGUACCUCUACCAGGUCGUCAUCGAAUUCAUCAACCUCAUCUUCUUUCUUCUCCAUGUCAACAGGUUCAUCGACGACUAGUACAACCACUAGCUUCGAGAGCAUUCACACACCUUCGCCUAUCAAGAAAUCAUAUUCCACCUCCACUUUCACUUCAUCAGACCCACGCACUCCUCCUAGCUCACCACCUUCGAUAACAUCCAGCACUAGAAAGAUACCGGCUCCACUACAGUCACGCUCGAUGCUCAUGCUACGGAAGGAAGUGGACUAUGAGCCGCUGAGCCCCAAGAAACCCAGAGGAUUCCGACCAGGUCUCGGAGUCACUGAUGCACCCAUCCCUACCACACCUUCCGUAUCACGUUUUCGAGAGACGAUUAGCAGUGGGACCUCCCUAUCGGGCCGUGCUGAUGAUGCAGAGGCUCGCACAAGCAGGCAUGACCGUGUGCGCACCAUUGAUGAGAAGAAAGAAAUACUAGGGAGCAUGCUGGGGAAUGUAGAUGCUCUCGUCGAUGGUGUGAGGAAAGCAGGCAUAUGGGGGCUUGGCUAA